AUGGCCCAGUUCCGUGCUUUCAUAAAUCAGCCACGGCUUGUGCGGGUCAUACUCGAGUACACCACCGCCGAAGAGUUGCAAAUGGAUUUUGAUCUUCAGCUUGUUCCACGGGCCGGCGAGCUCAAGACUUUGCACAAUGAUGCGGGCGAGCCUUCUACACGCCAGAACGCGUUGGAAUACGAUCCAGAUCCAUAUACCUUGAUUAAUGUCCGGAUCGACACUGUCCAGUACGGUACAUACGACAGCGAGCCCGCAGCACUGAUUGUCUUCAGAUUCAUUGCCAGAUUCAGGUCGGGCUCCAGAAGAAUCAGGAGCUUUCAUCUUAGGAUCGAGUUCCACAAACAAGCUGAACUUCCUGGCGCAGCUACGCCCAAAGUACGGACGCUCAAGCCCGAAGAUGUCAGGGGAAAGAUAUUCACAGAAGAGCGAAGUAAUACCAUAUCGGGUGGGCUAGAUGUACCCAUUGGUCCCAAUAGUGCCACGAUACAUGUCGGUGAUGAAGUAGCCAGGAAGAUAAACAGGGAAUACGAGCUCAAAUUGACUGGAUGGUUGACAAGCUCAAACUCGGGUUCAGACAACGUCUUGGUCUGGGAUUGCGAGGAAGCAAGGAAAGCUGCCCGAGGAAUUGUCCCGAAUUACCGUGGAGCUUGUAUUGUCCAAUACACUCCGACUCAGCCAUUCCUCGCGACAUUCAAGCUUGAUGCCGAACGAGGAACCUUCCACUUCGAUAAGAACGCAUUCGAGUACCUCAAUGUUUUCGCCAAGAAGGACAUUGAUGAUCCAGUGAUUUUUGAUCCGAAUAAACCGGUAGGCCGCCAAUACCCAAACCUCACAGAUUUGAAAACUCUCGACCUUGAGGACAUAAUCAAGCUCGACCCGAUUCCGACCUUACCAGCCGGCUAUUCUUGA